AUGGAAAUAAAAUCAAAGUUCAUCUCAAUUUUAUUCUUUAUCGCGAUCUCGAAAAUAAGUCAACUAAUUUCUUCGGGAGUUCCAAUUGACCACAAUGACGUCAAAGUAGAUCCUAUCGCCAAUGCAAUCACUAUAACGAUUGGGAAGUUUGAUUUGAAUACUGUGGACUUCAUUAUGGGGACCAUUGAACUCUUCAGAUCUUCAAACCAAUACAAAAUACUGAACGAAGUACUCGACAAUAUCGUGGCUACCGUGCCUGUCCGUAUUUCCGAUUUUAACAAUAUCCAGAAAGUGGAACAACGCAAUCACAAUGUGCUCCUGGUCAAGGACUACGGAUCUGUUCAAAACAUUCUGAAUGCCAUGAACAGCUCUCGCUUCAAUUUUGAAGGAUUUUUCGUCAUCGCAUUUUCAGAACCGAUGAAACGAUCCGAGGAAAUUUCUGAGAAAAUAUUUUCUCAAUUCUACGAUCUGUACAUUCUGAACGUUAUCAUUCUUUCGAAGGACGUGAACUCACCUGACAUUGUGGACCUUUACACAUAUUUCCCUUUCACAGCCUCUCGUUGUCACAACGUAGCUCCGUUUUUAUAUAACCGAUUUGUGAACGGAGCACUGGAACAGGAAAAGGAUAUUUUUCCAGAUAAAGUUACAAAUUUCCAUCAAUGCCUCUUCCGGGUUGUGUGCUGGAAUUAUCCCCCUCUUAUGGAUUUAACCAAUUUUCGGGGAUCUAAGAUUCAUCCAGAGGGUGUCGACGGAAACAUGUUACGGAUUCUGGCAGAAAGACUCAACUUUACUUGGAGUUUUCUAGUGAGAAAGGCAGACCAGGACCGAGGGGUUAUUUUUGAGAAUGGUACAUCAACUGGAAGCAUGAAAAUAAUUAUUGAAGGAGACGGAAAUUUUUCAUUAUGUGGAGUUGCACUUACAUAUGAGCGCUCUCAAGCUUUGACGGGCGGUUACACUUACUUCGUUACGGGACUCGUUUUCGCACUACGGCCUGAAAAACUUUAUUCCUCCUUAUAUAGAAUAUUCUUCCCAUUCAGCCUGGAAAUUUGGUUCUUCCUUGCAUUCUUCUUUUUGACUGCAUCCAUUAUUUUAACCCUGUUCAAAAUCGUUAAGAAAAACUACAGAGCCAUACUGCUUGGCAGGGGAAACCAUUCACCGUUCCUCCAAAUGCUGGGAUUAGCACUAGGAAACCCAGUGGCAUUUGUUCCAAACUAUAAUUUUGCAAGGACUUUAUUCAUAUUAUGGAUAAUUACCACAUCAGUUCUAAGGACAUCGUAUCAAGGUGUGUUGUUCGAUUUCCUUCAGAAGAAAGAAUAUAGACAGUCACCUAACACUAUAAAAGAGAUGAUUGAUUCAGGACACAUUCCAUAUCUUCCCCCUGCCGUGGAAUACUUUGCCUUCUCCGUAAUAAAAAAUGGCACACACCAACAUAUAAUUGGGAACGUCUUUCAGUAUUACGACCGCCUCUACGAUCCUAACUACAAAGGGAUUAUAUUAUAUCCAGAGGUUUCUCUUCAAUACUAUAACAGUCUGAAUUGGUCCAGACCUGCGUUACGAAAGUUGCCGGAAAAGGUGUCCUUCUUACCAAUUAGUAUUCUUUUUAAGAAAAAUUCUUUUUUGAAGCAGCCUUUCGACAAGGUAAUUUGGCAGAUUUUGGAUAGUGGCUUAAUUGAUUUUUGGAAUUCAAAAAUGCUGAACCGAACAAGAAAAGUUUCUAGAUUUAAUAUGAAUGAACCUCCAAAAAUUACCAUGGAAGACUUGGAAGGCUGUUACAGGUUUUGUUCUUUCCUACUUUUAUUGGGUUUCACGGUUUUCGCAGCUGAGAUGUUAUCAUUACGGGUUCCGCGACUCAGGAGGCUGUUGGAGUUUUAUACAGAAUAA